AUGUCUCAAAGGUAUUCUGACAGUUCGCUAGAUGAGAAGUCCAAGCUACUGAGGUAUCGUUUGCACUCUGAGUUGCGCCUGGAUGAAGACGGUAACCCUGCUCCUGGGCUCCCCAGGCCACGGGACUCCCUGAAGUCAAUGGAGGAUGCCGUCUUCCAGGCGGAGUGCCCGCUGCCGUGUGAGCCCCACCACGUCAUCCUGAGCACGGAGAGCCCCGCUGCCCUCAAGGUGGGCACCCAGCAGCUGAUCCCCAAGGGCCUGGCCGUGUCCACCAAGGCCAAGACGCCCACCCGGCACCAGAGCUUCGCCCUGACCAUGACCAGCAAGGAGGCUGCCUCCCGGGACUCCAAGAGGCUCUCUGCCCCCAGCUUCUCCUGGGAUGACCUCGACGUGGACGUGACCUCGGCAGGGAUGCUGAAGCGCAACCUCCGGAAUCAGUCCUACCGCGCAGCCAUGAAGGGCUUUGGGAGCCCGGCGGAGCCCAAGCCCAUCCCUACCCUCAAACCUCUGGUGGAAGAGCCGGUCCAGGCACGAGCACGGAGCCCGGCCAGGAACAAGAAGACUCUUGGGAGGAAGCGCGCACACAAGGGCUCUUUCAAGGAUGAUCCUAGGUUCUACCAGGAAAUCCGGGAGAGGGGCCUGAACACCAGCCACGAAUCAGACGAUGAUCAGCUGGAUGACUGCUUGAGCCCAGAGGGACCUCGGAAGGUAGACGCCACAAUUGUGGUGAAGAAUUACCGGCCUGCCCAGGUCACCUGGAGCCAGCUCCCUGAGGUGGUGGAAUCUGGGCUGCUGGAUCAGCUGUCCCCGGAGGAGCGGAAGCGGCAGGAGGCUAUUUUUGAGAUCAUCACUUCAGAGUUCUCCUACUUGCACAGCCUGGGCAUCCUCGUGUCAGAGUUCUUGAAAUCCAAGGAGCUUCGGGGCACCAUGACGCAGACGGAGCACCACCACCUCUUCUCCAACAUCGUGGAUGUCCAGAGUGCCAGCCAGAAGUUUUUUGAAGACCUGGAGAGGAGACACAAAGAGCACGUGUGCGUCACCGACAUCAGUGACAUUCUAGAGGACCACGCCUUAAACCACUUCCACCCCUACGUGGCGUAUUGCUCCAACGAGGUCUACCAGCAGAGGACCCUUCAGAAGCUGACGAAUUCCAACCCGGGUUUCCGAGAGGUCCUGAAGGAAAUCGAGAAGAGACCAGCCUGUGGGGGCCUGCCAAUGAUCUCCUUUCUCAUCCUCCCCAUGCAGAGAGUGACCCGGCUCCCUCUUCUGAUGGAUACUCUUUGCCUGAAGACCCAAGGCCACCCAGACCGAUGUAAAGUUGCCAACCGAGCGCUGAAGGCCAUCAGCAAGUUGGUAAAACAGUGUAACGAGGGGGCUCACAAGAUGGAGAGGACGGAGCAGAUGUACAACCUGCAAACGCAGCUGGACUUUGGCAAAAUCAAGGCCUUUCCCCUGAUCUCUGCCUCCAGGUGGUUACUGAAAAGGGGGGAGCUGUCCUUGGUGGAAGAGCCUAGCCUCUUCCGGAAGAUCUCCAGUCGGCCAACUUGCUACCUCUUCCUGUUUAACGACGUUCUGAUGGUCACCAAGAAGAAGAGUGAGGAGCACUAUGUGGUGACGGAUUAUGCCAAGUUGGACCAGAUUCAAGUCAGGAAGGUGGAGCCCGAUGAAAUCUCGUUUCCAGGAGGGAGCAACCGUAGCUCGUCCAUCCCGUACCCCUUCCAGGUGACCAUGCUGAAGAACAGUGAAGGGAAGCAAGAGCAGAUCCUGUUGUCUUCAGACUCCUCGAGUGACAGGGCCCGGUGGAUCACUGCCCUGGAGCACAACGAGAAUACGGAGCAAGGCCUGGCCAGUAAAGGAGACCUGCACCAGGUGGAGAUCACCAAGGCCUAUUUUGCCAAACAGGCUGAUGAGAUCAACCUGCAGCAGGCCGACGUGGUCCUGAUUCAGCAUCGAGAAGAUGGCUGGUUUUACGGAGAGCGGCUGCGUGAUGGGGAGAUUGGCUGGUUCCCCGAGGAAUAUGCCCAAGCCAUCACCAGCAGAGUGGCUGUGGAGGGCAAUGUGCGCAGAUUGGAACGACUUAGGGUGGAGACAGACGUGUAGGCGACUCACCAGAGCCUUCUUGGAAUUUCUAAGCUUGUCUGGGGGCAAGCGUUUCAGCAGAGCCUGGCUCUCUUCUCGAGGGUUUGCGGUCCCUGUGAGCCUGUGAAGCCUUUCCAGGGAAUCAUUGGGAUCCCAGCCAGGCCUCUUUUCACCAGGAAUAGGAGGGUGCCCCUUCCCAUUACCCUUUUCCUUGGGCCAGUCAUCGUUCAAUUUUGGGACGCCUGACUGUGUUUGGUCCUGAGUUUGCCCCCUUCUGUUGAUUAUUCCCCCUCUCUGAGCUCCAGGCUGCCCCAAAUUAACUUGAGGUGAGGCCACUUUGGGUGGGCCAGAGAGUGCCCAAAUAGGGACAUCCCAUGGCAGUGCACUGUCUUCUUAGCCAGUACCCCUGUCACACAUUCCAAGGAUGACAUUACAAAGGAAAUGCUUAAUCCUAAAGCAUUUGCAUUUCAGAAGGAGGCAAGCAGGGAGUGGGCAAUGCUUGGUCAGAGGGAAUGAUGGGAAGAGGAAGUAGACAGAGAUCAGAAAAGACUGGAUGAUGUGUCCCUACUAAGGCUUCCCGACCCAGCCUCCUCCCCAGCAAUGAUCUGCCUUUGUCCGUCCUGCCAGGUGGGUGUGGAUGCACAGAAGGACUUGCAAGCCCCCGAUGCUGGCCCUGAGGCUGAUGAACCAGGGGAGAGGCACCGGACUGUACAAUGUUUAUAUUGUGUUUU